UUCUUUCUUCUUUAAGGAUCCAUGCGAAUAUAUGCUUCCUUUAUUCUUAGUUCAAUCGCGACGCGGACUUAUUUGUGGCUGCAGUUUCGAUCCACUAGAGAAAUUAAAACGAAACAGCGGCAGGAAGAUGUUUCUGCUUUCUCCAUUUGUUUAGCUUCAUAAUUGUCGGCACGGAGAUAUACUCCAAGCAGUAAGAGACAACAACGAAACAAACAUGGCUCAUCUUCCUCUCUGGCUCAACUUUUAACAAAAGAGGAGAGGAGAAGUGAGGCGCAAAUCGAUCGAGCUGAACACAAAGGCCAUCAGAUCCUGUGGAGGCGUGUCUUGUUUUUCUUCUGGUACGGUAAUAUAUAAAACGCUCACCGGUUCCUUCGAUAAUCGACAGAAAUGGAAAGGCUGUGAGCGGUCCUUUGGCUCUGGAUUUGGCAUGGAGAGCCAGAAGGUGGUGGUGGUGGUGGAGGAGGCCGACGUCGCUCGCGUCGCCCUCCAAUGGGCGGUCAACAACUUCAUUCGCGGCGGAGACUCGAUAACUCUGCUCUACGUUUGCCCCUCCACGCGAUCCAAGAAGAAGCAGAGGAGCUACAGGCUCAAGGGGUUCCAGUUGGCUCUCUCUUUCAAGGACCUCUGCAAUGGAAUUGCUGAGCCAAAGGUGGAGAUCAUAGUGACAGAGGGAGACAAAGGGGCGUUGGUGGUGUCGACUGUGGCCAAUAUUGGAGCUUCUACUCUUGUAGUAGGAUUACAUGACAAGAGCUUUCUGUACAAGAAUUCUAUGGAAAAUACUGGCACAAGAAACCUAAAUUGUCGGAUUCUUGCUAUCAGACAGAACUCGAAGUCACAGCAUGGCUUUCUGAACACAGAGCUGUCCCAAGUCGAAACUACAAGAUUAUGUGUGCCAGAGCCCAAAAACUCAUUUCUUGUAUUCCCCUUAUCCUUGAAAGUAUUGUUCAGAAAAUCUAAGAGGAGAAAGUUCUAAUCUAACUAUAUGUUGUAUUGUGUUCCUCUUCCUUUACAAUGACUUGUAAUGACACAGAAAAGCAGUAAAACAAGCGAGUGUGGAUUUUUAUUUAACAAUAGAGCAAAUAGAAAUUAGGCAAAUAUUGUCAAGUGUGCCCAAUGGCAGUUGGAUGAC